AUGGUCAAGGACUACCUGGCGGAGGUGAAAGUCAACAGCGAGAUGAAUUCAGCGUCCAUCAACUUGAAUAGUUACACGACCUCGGCAGCUCUGCAAGGCAUCAUCGUGGGCUGCUUGGAGAAGCGUUCGGGACACACCUUCGGCCCGCCAGGGCACCGACGGUGCAUCCUCUUCGUGGACGAUCUGAACAUGCCUUACGUGGACGACUACGACACGCAGAGCGCCAUCAUGCUCCUGACCCAGGUCUUGUCCUAUGGGCAAGUUUAUGAUCGGGAGCGGUUGGACGAGAAGAAAACCAUCGUGGACUUGCUCUUCACGGCAUGCAUGAACCCGAAGGCAGGCAGCUUCAUGAUCAACGGCCGGCUGCAGCGCCGCUUCACAGUGGCCACCACCUACUCCCCUGGGAUCCAGGUCAUCUCCGGGAUCUAUACGAAGGUCCUGGGUCGGCACGUUGAGGCGUUCGGGCAGCAGACACAACGGUGCACCGAGCCCAUUGUGAAUGCCACUGCAGAGGUCCUCGCAUCCAUCCAGAACUCCGCCUCCUUCUUGCCAUCAGCAGAAAAGUUCCACUACCAAUUCAACCUCAAGGACAUCUCCAACAUCUUCCAGGGUCUGCUGAGCACUCACAGCGCCGUGUUUCGUGACACGGCUGGUCCCACGCGCUUUCUGAGGGUGUGGCUGCACGAGUGCUAUCGUGUUUUCUCGGAUCGCCUGGUCAUGGAGUCGGAUGCAAAGGAGUUGCAGGUCAUGAUCGAGAAGGCAGUCGCCAAGUGCUUCGUGGGCGUCGGUGCGGCUUCGAACCGCGAGGAGCUCUUUGCGCAGCCGCUGUGCUGCACCACCUUCGUCUCCGAGGCCUCAGGGGAGCGCCAGUACCUCCCGGCACGUGACCUACCCCAGAUACGGGCAGCUGUGGAGGCCAAGCUGGUGGCCUACAACACAGAGCACGCGACUAUGAACUUGGUGCUUUUCGACGACGCAGUGCACCACGUUUGCCGUAUUUGCCGCAUCACGCAAAAUCCCUGCGGCAGCGCGCUUCUGGUGGGUGUGGGUGGCUCUGGCAAACAAUCCCUUGCACGUCUGGCCAGCUUCAUCAAUGGUCAGGAGGUGUUGACCAUCCUCGUGAAUCAGCAGUACGGCCUGGCCGAGCUGAAGCUGGACCUCCAGACCUUCUACAAGAAGGCCGCCGUGAAGCCGGCGACGCCUCAGGCCUUCUUGCUUACAGACAGCCAGAUCACCGACGAGCGAUUCCUGGUCUUCAUCAACGACAUGCUGUCGAGCGCCAACAUCCCCGACCUCUUUGCCCGCGAGGAAUACGACAACAUCUUCUCAGCCAUUCGGAAUGCUGCAAAGUUUGCAGGAUACGCCGAUGACCGGGAGUCGCUAUUUCAGUUCUUCCUGGAUAAAGUCCGUUCGAACCUGCAUCUGGUUCUUUGUCACUCACCGGUUGGCUCCACCUUCCGCAUCAGGGGCCGAAAGUUUCCUGCGCUGAUCAGCUGCAUGGUGCUGGACGUCUUUCACGCUUGGCCCCGCGAUGCCCUGGUGGGCGUGGCAGAUCGGUUCCUCGUGCAGCUGGGGGAACGGAACAUCCCCAACGAGGAGACAUUGGCCGCCAUCUCUCACCAUGCUGCCGAGGUCCACGUCUCCAUCUACGAGGCCAACCGACGCUACCUUGAGGAAGAACGCCGCUUCAAUUCCACCACGCCGAAAGCCUUCUUGGAGCUGAUCGGCUUCUACGUUCGCAUGCUGACGUCAAAGCAGGCCAGUGUGGAACUCAACGUUUCGAGGCUCGAGCGGGGCCUCGCCAUCAUGCGCAACGUCCAGGAAGGCGUGGCAGACCUAAAGCAAGAUUUGGAGGUGACCCUCCGGCAGGUGGACGAGAAGAAAGUGGCCACGGAAGAGCUGAUCAAACAGGUGACAGCGGCCCAGCAGGUGGCCACCGUGGAGAAGGAGGCCGCGCGCCAGGAGCACGGCAAGUGCGAGGCCCUGGCUGCGGAGGCACAGCGCAUGAAGGACCAGGCGGACCAGGAGCUCGUGGAGGCGUUGCCGGCCAUGGAGAAGGCCAAAGCUGCGGUGGACUGCCUCGACAAGACGUCGAUCACCGAGCUGAAAGCUUUGGGGAAGCCGCCGCGAGAGUGCAUCGAUGUGGUGGCCGCCUGUGGCUUUCUCUUGAAGCAGGAGAAGCGGAAGUUGGACUGGAAAGGCUGUCAGAAAAUGAUGCAAUCUCCUCAGCAGUUCAUCGACGAUGUGAAGGUCUUCAAUGCUGAAAAUAUCCCGGAACAGGUCUUGGCCAACACCGAACCACUGAUUGCGGCAGACUUCUUCAACUUCGAAUCGAUGAAGAGCAAAUCUCUGGCAGCAGCGUACCUCACCAAUUGGGUGGUGAACAUCGUGACCUACAACAAGAUCUACACAAAGGUCGCGCCGCUCAUGGAGAAGGUGAAGGUGGCGCAAGCCACCACGGACGCUGCCAAGCUGCAGCUGCGAGAGGUCGAGAAGCGGGUUGAAGCUGUUGAGGCCAACUGUGCACAGCUGGACAAGCAGCUCAGUGAUGCGACGACUGAGAAGGAGAGGAUGGAGCGGCAGGCGGAAAGUUGUGUGCAGCGGCUGAGCACCGCAGAGCGGUUGGUCUCGGGCCUGGCCGACGAGAACGAGCGCUGGGCUACGACUGUCGUGGAUCUCCGGGACCUGGGAUUGCGUCUCAUAGGCAAUUGCAUGCUGGCCAGCGCCUUUGUCGGCUACGCCUCUCCCUUCUCAGCGCGGCUGCGGCAGGACCUUUGGCAGCAGGUUUGGACCCACGAUCUCAAACAACGUGGCAUCCCGAUGACCCACAACAUCGAUCCCCUUGCCGUGCUGGCCACGGAUGCCGAUGUGGCGGGUUGGAUGAACGAGGGGCUGCCUGCGGAUCGCGUCUCUGUUGAGAAUGCCUCUGUUGUGACGUGUUGCUCGCGCUGGCCACUGCUGGUGGAUCCCCAGCAGCAGGGAGCACGCUGGAUCAAGCAACGCGUGGGUGAGGAAUUGGCAGUUAUCCAACUCUCCAUGCCCAAGUGGCUGGAGAGGGUUGUGAGCUGCGUUCAGACCGGGGGCCAGCUCCUCAUCGAGGCACUUGCCGAUGAAAUCGAUGCUGUCUUGGAGCCGCUGCUUUCCAGAGCCGUGAUCCAGCGAGGACGAGGCCAGGGUCCGAUGUUCCUCAAGCUCGGGCCCGACGAGAUCGAGUACGACCCGAAGUUUCAGCUGUACCUCCAGUCCAAGCUGCCGAACCCCCACUUCCGCCCUGAGGUUUCGGCACAAUGCACCGUGGUGAACUUCAUUGUCACGCCUGAGGGCCUGGAGGAGCAAGUCUUGGCCAUGGUGGUGAAUUGCGAGAAGCCUCAGCUGGAAGAAGAGAAGCAGACACUGGUUCGACGGCAGAACGAGUACAAGGUGGUGCUGAGUCGGCUGGAGGACGAACUGCUCUCCCAGCUGUCUGCGGCAGAUCCCGCAACCAUUUUGGACAACCUUCCUCUCAUCGAGGGCCUUGAGAAGACCAAGCAGACCAGCCGCGAGAUCAGCGUGCAAGUGGUGGAAGCACAGAAGACAGAGGUCGAGAUCAACCACUCGCGGGAGCUCUACCGACCUGUGGCCGCAGAAGGUUCGAUGCUCUUCUUCUUGAUCAACCAACUCUGUAUUGUACAGCACAUGUACCAGUACUCUCUGGAUGCCUUCAACACCUUCCUGCAGAAGGCCAUCGACCGCACUCAGGGGGCGGAGGACGUGUCGGAGCGGACCGAGCUGCUCAUCGCCUCUGCUCGGCUCACCGUCUUCCGCUGGGUCAACCGGGGCCUCUUCGAGGAUCACAAGCUGAUCUUCUGCACCAUGCUCGCCUUCCGGUUGCUGGCACUGCGGCAGCUGCAGGAGGAGUUCGUGCCGAGCCACUUCCAUUUCCUGCUGCGGGGGCCCUCGGUGCCCGUUCUGAACGAGAACCCCUUGGGCGACUGGCUCCUGAACAAGAGCUGGGCCAUGGUGCUGAAGCUGGUGGAGCUCGAGGGCUUCGAGAACUUCGCGCAGAACAUGGAGCGCGAUGCUCCAAAUCGCUUCCGCGACUGGAUGGCCGAGCCGGCACCAGAGGAAUCAAAGCUUCCUCUGGAUUGGAAGACGCUGGAUGCAAAGUACUUUCGGAAGCUGCUGGUAAUCCGCUGCCUUCGGCCCGAUCGAAUGUCCAUCGCACUGGCCAGGUGGAUAAGGCAGAGUCUUCCGAGUGGCAAGGAUUACAUCGACUGCGAUGCAUCGCUGUCUUUUUACAAGGUUCUUCACUCGGCCUACGAGGAUUCCACGAGCAACACGCCAUUUUUCUUCAUCCUCUCGCCGGGCGCGGAUCCCGUCAAGGAGGUGGAAGCGCUGGGCAAGGUGUUGAUCGGGCUACAAGCCAACGUGAAUUACCACAACGUCGCCAUGGGCCAGGGUCAGGAUGAAAUUGCCAUGCAGAAGUUAGAGCUGGCAUCCAAAGAGGGCCAUUGGGUCAUGCUCCAGAAUAUCCAUCUUAUGCCCACCUGGUGUGCAACGCUGGAGAAAAGACUUGAUGCUUUCGCGGUGGAGAACAGCAGCCCUUACUUCCGGCUUUUUCUAUCAGCGGACCCGUCGCCGGGGAUUCCCAUCGGCUUGUUGGAGCGGUCCAUCAAGCUCACCAACGAGCCCCCCCAAGGCCUGCAGGCCAACCUGAGGCGCUCUUUCGCGCUCUUUAACCGGGAGGAGUUCGACGAGCGGGAUAGCAAGAUCAAGUCUAUCCUCUUUGCCUUGUGCCACUUCCAUUCCCUCAUGCUGGAGCGGAAGAAGUUCGGCGCCUUAGGCUACAACAUGAAGUACCCCUUUUCCAACGGCGACCUCCGGGACUCUGCCUCCGUCCUUUACAACUACCUCGAGGGCUCCACGGCUGUGAAGAUCCCUUGGGAAGACCUGCGGUACAUCUUCGGCGAGAUCAUGUACGGAGGUCACAUUGUGGACGACUGGGAUCGUCGGAUGUGCCAGAAAUAUUUGACUUACUUCAUGCAGGACGAGAUUUUGGACGAGAUGGAGCUUGUCCCUUAUGCGGAUGGUCAGCUGAGUUGGAAGUCCCCUGGCCCCGGAACACACGAGAAGUAUGUGGAGCACAUUGAGACGAUGCCGGCGGAGUCGCCCCUUUUCUUCGGCAUGCACCCGAACGCGGAGAUCGACUUUCGGACCAAGAUGUGUGAAAACAUCUUUGGGCUCUUGCAGAUGAUCCAGCCGAAGCGUAGUCCUGGACAGGCGGCGGAGGAGCAGUCGCCGAUGGCCGCCGCAGAGGACAUGUGCAACGAGAUCUUGGAUGAGGUGCGUGAGGUGAAGUACAACGUCGAGGAGAUCUCUUCUCAACUCAGUGAGGAGGAGCGGGGGCCGUACCAGUUCGUGAUGAUGCAGGAAUGCGAUUGCAUGAACUGCCUGGUGCAGGAGAUGGUGCGGGGGCUGAACGAGCUGCAGCAAGGCUUCAAAGGAGAGCUGACCAUGAGCGAGCACAUGGAGCAGCUGGCGGAGGCCUUGUCCGAGCAAGUGCUUCCGAUCUGGUGGGUGAAGCUGGGUUUCCCUUCAACGCGGCCCCUUCGGUCCUGGCUCGCCAACCUCAAGGACCGCUGCGCACAGCUGGACGAUUGGUCAGCGGAGCCCAUCCACAUCCCAAAGGUGGUGGACGUGUCCAAGUUGUUUAACCCACAGAGCUUCCUGACCGCGAUCAAGCAAGUCUGUUGCCAAAGCAUCAAUCUGGAACUCGACCGUCUGCAUGUCUUUACGGAGGUCACAAAGCGCCUGGACCCAAAGAUGGUCGACAGCUUGGCCCGUGAGGGAGCCUUUGUCACGGGAAUGUACCUCGAGGGUGCUCGGUGGGAUGCGAAUGCUAACUGCUUGGAGGAUUCGCGCCCAAAAGAUAUGUUCACCCGGCUGCCGGUCAUCAACUGCAAGGCUGGCUUGCAACAAGAAAAGGAGGACAAAAACCUCUACAUGUGCCCCACCUAUUGCGUGCCCACGCGGAGGCCGCACUUCGUCUUCGUGGCCCAGCUCCGCACGAAGCAGCCGGCCGCCAAGUGGACCCUCGCGGGCGUGGCCAUCAUUCUUGACAUCGGCAGCUGA